UAUACUAGCUCUAGUAACCUCGGCCCAUAGAAAAACCAGUUCACCAUGCUUGCAAACAAGAGCAGCUCUGCAGCAGACAAGACUGCCGCCAGUGAGAUCGCGAUCGACCUCCCUCUCAAGAUAAGCAUAUACAACAAGAACGGCCGCAUCGAGCAGGUCCUGCGCAGUCCCUUCGUGACAGCAUCCGAGGACCCUGGCAUCACCGGCGUCGCGACGAGGGACGUCGUCAUCGACCGAGAAGCCGGCGUGGCCGCGCGCCUCUUUCUACCCACCGGCGCCGUCGCAACAGGCCGGAGGCUUCCCCUCGUCUUGUUCUUCCAUGGCGGUUCCUUCGCCGCCGGGGCGGCGGAGAGGAGCGCGUUCUGCCGGACGUACCACCGUUAUGCCACCUCCCUCGCCGCGCACGCCAAGGCGCUCGUCGUGUCCGUGGAGUACCGUCUUGUGCCGGAGCAUCCCGUGACCGCGGCCUACGAUGACGCCUGGACCGCGCUCCGGUGGGCGGCAUCCUCCGCUGACCCCUGGCUCUUGUACCACGCCGACCCGCGCUGCACUUUCGUCGCCGGCGACGGCGCGGGUGGCGACAUCGCCUACCGCACGGCCGUACGCGCCAGCCGGGAUGGCGAGGACAUCGACAUCGACAUCGACAUCGACAUCGAGGGGCUACUUCUCAUCCAUCCCUACUUCUGGGAACCCGAGUGGCCGCCUACAGAAAAUGCCGGCCAUGGUGGCGGGUUUCUCACGACACCGCAGGUGGCCGCGACCGCGUUACUGCCAUGCCGGCGUGCGCUGGUCGCCGUGGCCAAGAAGCAGGGCGCCGUCCGGGAACCCGGCCGCAGGUCUGCUGCACGCAUGCGCGGAUGCUGGUGGCGUGGGGAGGUGACCAUCGUGGAAUUGAACAGUGAGGACGACCACGGCUUCCACCUGUACGGUCCGGCGAGUGGUAGCACCGAGAGGCUCAUGGACACCAUAGUGGAAUUCGUAAACAAGAAGGAGCACGGUUCAAUGUUGCAUGGUGAAAAGGAGGUUGCACCAAGCUUGUCUAAUGGGCCAUAUAAGGCCGUGUCUGCAGAAGUUCCAAGGGGACCUCUGACCAAGAGCUGCCUGUAGUGUGUGAUUCAACAUAUAUAUGCCUUUACUAGUCACGCUUUCAUGACUUA